CACUACAAUGAGUUGUUCCGGGUCGGGUUCUCUGAUGUGGUUCCGGAAGGGACUUCGGAUCCACGACAACCCGGCUCUCGAAUUCGCUUCCCAAGGGGCGUCUCAUCUUUACCCUGUCUUCGUUAUCGACCCGCAUUACAUGGAGCCCGACCCGCAUGCUUUCUCCCCCGGGUCCUCUCGUGCGGGUCUCAACCGCAUCAACUUCUUGCUUCAGAGCCUCGUGGACCUUGACCUGAACCUUAAGAAGCUUGGCUCGCGACUUUUGAUUCUUAAGGGUGACCCAGCCGAGGUUCUCAUUCGAUGCUUGAAGGAGUGGAAUGUCAGAAAGCUAUGCUUUGAAUAUGACACUGAACCAUAUUAUCAGGCACUGGAUAUUAAAGUUAAGAACUAUGCACUUGCAUCUGGAAUUGAGAUUUGCUCUCCUGUAAGUCACACACUGUUCAAUCCCAUUGAUAUUAUAGAGAAGAAUGGAGGGAAGCCGCCACUUAGUUAUCAAUCAUUUAUCAAGCUUGCUGGGGAACCGCCACCCCCUCUCUCAACCAUGCCCUCUUCCCUUCCUCCGGUUGACCAUCUUGGAUGUUGUGAUCUUUCUGAAGUUCCAACAAUCAAAGAUCUUGGAUAUGGAGAUACUAAACAGGACGAGUUCUCCCCUUUCAAAGGUGGUGAAUCAGAAGCAUUGAAGAGGUUGGAAGAAUGCAUGAAAGACAAGAAGUGGGUGGCAAACUUUGAGAAACCCAAGGGCAAUCCAUCUGCAUUUCUUAGGCCAGCAACAACUGUUUUAUCACCUUACUUGAAAUUUGGUUGUCUUUCUUCCAGAUAUUUCUACCAUCACGUUCAGGAUGUAUAUAAAAGUGUGCCAAAGCAUACAUCGCCACCUGUUUCUCUUCUAGGACAGGUCAUGCUAUCACCAGAAUUAUUGUGGCGAGACUUCUUUUACACGGCAGCUUUUGGGACUCCAAAUUUUGAUAGGAUGAAAGGCAAUCGGAUAUGCAAGCAGAUUCCUUGGAAGGAUGAUGAUAAACUGCUGGAGGCAUGGAGGGAGGCUAGGACGGGAUUUCCUUGGAUUGAUGCUAUCAUGGUCCAGCUACGCCAAUGGGGUUGGAUGCAUCAUCUGGCUCGGCAUUGUGUUGCAUGUUUUCUAACUCGAGGCGAUCUGUUUGUUCAUUGGGAAAAAGGACGAGAUGUCUUUGAGAGGCUCCUGAUUGAUUCAGAUUGGGCAAUUAAUAAUGGAAACUGGAUGUGGCUCUCAUGUUCAUCUUUCUUUUAUCAGUAUAAUCGUAUUUAUUCUCCAAUCACAUUUGGUAAGAAGUAUGACCCUAAUGGGGAUUAUAUUAGGCAUUUUCUCCCGGUCUUAAAAGAUAUGCCUAGGGACUACAUUUAUGAACCAUGGAGUGCUCCUUUAAGCAUUCAGACUAAAGCAAAUUGCAUAAUUGGCAAAGACUACCCAAUGCCAGUUGUUUGUCAUGAUUCUGCAAGCAAAGAGUGCCGAAGGAAAAUGGGCGAGGCAUAUGCAUUGAAUAAAGAAUUGAAUGGUUUGGUUAGUGAAGAUGAUCUGAAAAACUUGAGGAGGAAAUUAGAAGAGGGUGAAGAGCAUGAGACUAAAGCCAAAAGAUCUAGGCAACAGCUGAUUGGCUGAGCGAUAAUUUUGCUGGUUUUUCAUUUGUUACGCUUUGUGUUGUAGUUUAGGCAUGUUUGGAAUAUUAUUUGGGUUUGGUUUUUCUGCAGCAGUGCCAGAAAGGAAACAUCUACUACAGAAACAAAAAUAGAUUAAAAAAAAAGAAUUAUCAAGACCUGACAUCGUAU